CAGAAAUUGACAUUUCAUGGCCGCCAUGAUGGAAAAUGGACGGUGAAGAAACAAACGAAGAUAUGGCUGUGUUUACGGCAUGUCACUCGCUCCAAUGGGACAGAGUGCAAUUCUGGAUACACAGAAAACGUGCAUUCUUACGGAUUAUGUGUCCAAAGUUUUCGAAUGCGGAAUGUUGACACGUUAAAUGUGUAUUUUAUGCCCUGUGACCGGUAUAAACAAACCGGACCAACUGUAUAGACUGUUUUAUGCAUCAAAACAUUGGAUGUUUUCAUUGUUUUUCCUGCAGUUUUAGACGUUAUCAAGACAAUUUUAGCAUUGUAUGACUUCAUCAAGUGUUGACUUAUUUGUUGUUGGCGUUGCAUUUUGGAUACAGAACCAUACACGUUAAGUGUGUGGUACAGAAGACUGUCAUGCACAGCCCUGAGGCUGCUAAUGGCAGCCCCAAUUUCAACCUUUCAAGAAUUAAUGUAGAGCCAUCAGGAUGAGCAUAAUAGUGCGCAUUGGGGCAGUCCGAGGAAUCGGCAGCACCAGUGGGAAUGAAGUCCCCUGGUCGUCACAGGAUGAUGACACUGUUGAGAUACCUCCUCCUCCUGAGGAAAUGAUCCGACCGCCUCCAACUGUUUAUGCCAGUUGCUAUGGCUUGCCGUAUCAAGAUCACAACUAUGGAGCUCCUCCUCCUCCUACACCCCCGCAGUCUCCUCCUCCCCAAGUAAAGGGGGUCAUCAACGGUCAUGUCCAGCUGGAAGAGGUGGUGUCCACUACCAGCACAGCAGCGGCGACUGCUAUUGUGCCGCUGCCUAAAGAUGACAAGUUUGAUGACAGCAUCACACGCUGUGUUUGUCAGUUCCAGCAUGAUGAUGGCUAUAUGAUCUGCUGUGAUAAGUGCAGUGUAUGGCAACACAUUGACUGCAUGGGCAUCGACCGCAACAACAUCCCUGAGAGUUUCUUCUGUGAGUUGUGUGAGCCACGUCACAUAGAUGUGGACAGAGCAAAACUCAUACAGAUGAGGAAGCGAGAAGAGAUGACAGAUACAAGUGCUACUGACACGGAUCCAGAUGAAGCUGCUAAUCAUCUGGCAUCCCUCAACAAGAAAUCCUUAACGCCGACAAAGGGGAAGGUUGUCAAGCAGAGGCGGAUCUCAAAGCCUAAAGAAAAGGUCUCGCCAAAGAAAAACGUUAUAAAAAAGGAAAAAAGGAUGACAAAAAAGGAAAAGGAAAAUAUGGGGAAAGAUGGGAACAAGAAACAGAAAACAAAGAUUGCCAAAGACAGUAUUCAGAAGCCUGUAAGAAUUGUAAAGAAAAGGAGGAAGACUUCUGUCUCAGUUGCAAAUGAUAAUGGUGACCCAUGGAACAGUAUGUUCAGCCCAUGGUCGGAUUCCUAUGAGGUUGCCAAAGAGAAUCACUAUAGUGCUGGAAUGAGGGACCUGCUGUCUUUGACAAAAACCAAUGGAGUUUUGUCCGACAGUCCGGUGACAGACAAGCUGCUGGUUCAGCAAUGUGUUGUCGCUGAGGUCAAGACAAAUAGAAAGGGUCUUGUUGCGAAGGAAUUAAUUCCUCAAGGUCAAGCUGUGAUAGAAUUCAAGGGAACGGUCAUGCUUCGAGAGCAUCUGGACACGGAAAGUGUCAUGAAGAAACUUCAUCCGUUUGUGUUGUUUUACUCCAAGUUUGAGGACCUUGACUUAUGUGUUGAUGCAAGUGCUUACGGUGGUGAUGCUCGAUUUAUUAGGAGGUCAUGUACACCAAAUGCUGAGGUUCAGCAUGUGAUCGAAAAAGGUAACAUUCAGUUUAUUGUCAUCUCCAAGAAGGACAUCCCGAAAGGAGGAGAAAUAACGAUUCCGUUUGAUUACAACUAUAAAGAGUGCUCAUUUAGUGUGGAAUGUACUUGUCAAAAAGUCACUUGUCCUGUCUCUAAGUUUGGGAAAAAGUUAAGGAAUUCUCAAAACAAGGAAUCACAGCCGCGGGCCCCGGCACUGACUCCAACACCCACUCCUGCCCCUGUACCUCCACCACCAUCACCGGUGAAGGAGAAGAAGAGAACAAGAAGAUUCAGUGCUCCAGAGAGAGAAUCUGCUAGAACUAAGGUUAAACAAACCCCCAAGAGUCCUGUAACACCAGUUGCUUCCCCUGUUAAGCCUCAACCUGAAAAGAAGGUGGUCCACCCUAUUGAAGAGCCAUCACCAGUGAAGAAAGAACCGGUGGAAGUGAAGCCUGCCACUAUUGUGGCACCUGCUUCUGAACAGACAAUAGAUCUCCAGGCUCAGCAACUAGAGACACAGUUGUCUUCUGAGUCAGAGCAGGAGGCAGCAGAAAGGUGUAAAAAGAUGACUCGAGAAGAAAGGAAGAUGGAGGCUAUCAUGAAGGCUUUUGAGAAAUUGGCAAAGAGGGAGGAAAGACGGAAAGAAGCACUAGCUCGUUUAGAAACUACUAAAAAGCCAGAUGUGGAGGAAGUACCUCCCCCACUGCCACCACCUCCAGUGAAGGAGGAGCCAGAAGAAAAGCCCAAACCAGAAUCUCCAACAAAAGCAACCCCAACAAAAGGGAAGAAGAACAAGAAACAUGCGAGGAGAAGAAGUAGGGUCAACAGUGCUGCGGCCAUCAUGGAGAUUGUGUCGGCUGACGAAAAUAGCAACACAGGGUCAACCCCAGGUACCCCUAUACAGACUCCUGCUUCAGCAGACAUCAGCAGUCCCAAUGCAGCAGGCUUCAAGUUCCACAAAACUAAAAAGCACUUAUUCAAUGAGUGGAUGAGCGAGAGGAGUACAGAUAUCAAGCCACCAGUGCCCGCAGGAGUGGGAAAGACGGAGCCCUUGGAAGUGAGUGUGGACGAGACCAUGUUUGUCACUUGCUUACCAAGCCCACGCAAUGCCAUGGAACACAUCCCUCGGCGCAACAGCCAGAGUGCUGGGUCCGCUGCACCACCAGCUGUCAUACCUCAGCCCAAGAACAGCAAUGAACACAGUAUUGGGUCUGCCAAAAAGCGUUGGCUACGACAGGCAAUGUUUGAAACUGGUCCCCCCUCUAGUGACAGUGGCAGUGCGUCACCUGUCCACGGGAGUGCUAGCCCCAACCCAACGGUUUGUCUGCCAAGUCCUGGUGGAUCUCCACCUGCAGAUUUCGUGACUCCAUUGAAGAAGCGUCGUCUAGCACGGGAGUCCAUGUCACAGGAGCAACCUCUGACUCCCACUCCGUCCACUCCCUCUCCAUCAGUCCUGCAGCAAGGCUCUGGUGCGGAACUGGGACUGACCACAGUACCAGGCUCCCCCCCCAGGCUGAGCUGGAGGAACUGCAGAACAAGAAUGGCAUCAAGCCUCUGCUGCCACACACACCUGUCACUCCUGAUGACAAGAAUGAUCAGAUGUGUGGACCUCCAUCAAAGCGUCAAAGGAGAGAAAGUAGCCAAAGAGAUUCUACAGACAUUGACAGUGAUGCUUCUGAGUCUUUACUGCCGCCCCAGUCAGCAUGUCAAGGAUCUGAAGGAAGAAACAGUACAGAAGAAAUGGCUGAAAGUAGCAUUUUGUGUUCAGAGAAAGACACGUCCUGGUCAGAAGUUGCAGACAGUAGUAUGGAUGUAGAGGAACGACAGACUCGGACUGAUGAGGUCGUGGACUUGGUCAAAAAGAGUGAUCUUCCUACAGGAGAGGCAGAUGCUCGGGAAGUGAGAGAAAUGUGUGCAGAAGACCAGUCAGAGAAACAAGAACAGCAGAUGGAAAUAGAUUCGGGGAGUGGCCUGUUAUCACAUGAAACCCUUAGUGAUGAGAAUUUAAAAGAGCAGCAGACAUGUGAUUCUCAGCAAAGUGAAUGUUUAAGCCAGAGCAAGUUGGACACUGAAGCUGGGAAGGUUUCUUCCAAUGUAGAACAUGGCGUGUGCUCUAAGGAUGUUACAACAGAGCCUUCAGAGGAGGUUUCCGGAAGCUUAGGUUUCCGAGGUAUCGGAAACUGACUCGAAGUCUGUAGGGUCACCAGAAAAUUUGGAAGGGGAAGUUGAUUCUCCAGCUAAAGCUGAGGCUAGGACUAGUGAAAGUGUUGAGAAAGCCUCAUCGUCUGCAGAAAAAGACUGCUUAGUAUCAGAUUCUCAUGAAAUCGUCUGUGAUUCAGCAUCAAGAAUAGAUGCAGGUGCUGCUGUGAGUGAAAGUGACACAAAUGAGCCUCGGUUGCCCCUUUCCUUGGAGGAAGGAACAUGCUGUGUGUCCAGCACUGAGGAAAACAAGAGUGAGAUUGUUCUGCUGACACCAGCUUCUCCACAAGAGGGAGAGCAGAUUGCUGUGGCAGCUCCAGACUCUCAAUCGGGGCCUAGUGAAGCAUCUGUAGGGUACACCAAUCAUGUAACUGAUAAAGACAAUGCCAUGUGUUACGAUGACAUGGCGACUGUUUCAUCAACAAGUGUAGUAGAUCCACAUUGUUCACCUGCCCCAUUCAUGUCACAAGGUGUGUGUAAUGACUCGCAUUAUGUCGGAGAAGUGGAAGCAGGGUGUGUGAACCCUCCCCUUCCACCAGGCCCCCCUCCACCGCCUCCUGACUGUAUGGAGGUUCAGCCACCACUGCCACCUUCACCCCCUCCACCACCACCAGAGCCGCCAACAAAGAAAAAGGUUAGUCUUCUAGAAUAUCGUAAGAGAUUGAAAGAGAAGGUGAAAGAACCCUCAUGUGGCAGUUCAACGCCCCCUCCCCCGCCUCCACCCCCACGUUCUCAUCAUCAUGGAGCAAGAAGAAAAUCAUCACGGUCGUCAUCCACACCUCAUGUUCCCACACUUGCUCCACUUCCAUUGUUUGAAUCAACUAGCCCAACUGGCAAGAAAG